GAACGCGAGUCCUCUGAUUCUGGAAAGGGAAUAUUUUCUCCCACCAAAUUCUCUCCCCAGAUGAUCCCUGCCCACCCCGCCAGGGACCGGGCUCCGGCCGCGGGGCAGCCGAUGCCCACCCCGAUCGCAUGGCCACGGGCCAGUGGCUGAGGAGCCCAGCGCGGGAGAGACGGCGGGCCUGGGAGGAUAAUCCCAUCUGAAUGCUCCCUCCACGCGCGUCCCACAACCCGGCGAGAGGAGGGGGCAGAUGGGGCAAACCAGUGGAGCGGUUUGUUUCCACGGCGAUGAUGCUCUCCAAAGACACAUCGCCAUACAUUCGACGUUUGCCAUACGGCUGGUUCCAGGGAAAAUGGGGAGUAGAAUUGGUUUGCAUUUCCUUUAUUGGAUUCGGGAACAACCCCUUCGAUCUGGGGGAAGGAUUUGAAGCUCUCCUCGGCCCACCGGCCCUCCACCUUCUCCCACGCAGGACGGAAAGGACGAGGCGGCGCCGACAUGGCCAGGCCGCAGGAGGCCGACGGGGGCCAGGACGAGGCUGUUGUCUUCUUAGCUGAUGAGAAAUUUGAUUUUGAUCUCUCAUUGUCCUUUUCAAGUGCAAAUGAAGAUGAUGAAGUUUUCUUUGGACAACUUAGCCAUAAGGAAAGGUGGACUGCUACCAACAGAGAACCUGGACAAGUCCUCCAAGAGGCUAACCCACGUCCACCACCAACUGCCAAGCCGAUAUCCUGGAGCCCCUUGGCAGGGGAGAAUUUUGGGGAAAUUUUUAAAGAAGCUCACUCGUUGGCCCUCCAAAUAGAAAGCCAAGCUGGUGACUCCAAAGCUAACCCAGCCGAGGGGCCAAAGAGCCAGGUGGUGGAAAAAUUCAUUCAAGAGCCCAAGUCAAAACUGAACCUCUUUCAGCAGGGCAGAGAAAUGAGGAAAAGCCCUCGCUCAGCUAAGAGGGAAACUUACUGCGUGCUGGACCGGUGCCCGGGGAGCCAGCCGGCCCCCGAGACCCAGUGCCAGUCGGAGCCCCCGGCGGCGCCCGGCCCGUCUCCCGCUCUGCCGCGGGCUCGGGGCGGGGCGGGUCUGCCCGGCGCUGCUCACCAGGCUCCCCACUCCUCUUUGCCUCCAUUUUUGGGGGCGGCAGAGAACGUCGCCGCUCAGCCUCACAGAGUGGGCGGGGAGAAGAAAGCCGCCAGCCGACUGCAGCCACCCAAGUCCUCAUCCGCUCAGGCGAGAAGCAAUCCUCCAGUCCUCGAAAAGCCCAAACCGGGGAAAAAGACCAGCCCUCCCAGUAAAAAAGUCGGGGACGCCAGGGAUGCUGCCGAAGCUCGACUUCCUGACAGAACCGAGGCGACGCUCGACGGGAACGUCAGGAGCGCGGCACAAGUCAAGAGGGCUCUGCCUGUGCCGAGCAAGUUUGGGCUGAGGAAGGCAGAGACCCGGCUUCGAACCGUCGCCCCCGUUGGAAAAAGCGUCACGGCAUCUGCGUCGUCGCUCUCCGGCCCGAGCUCCGGUUGGAAUUCAAGCCUGGUUGCAGCGGGAAAAGCUAAGUCUGGCAUCCCUCUGAACGUACACGCCACCAGCUCCCGGCUUCCGGCCGGCCUCAGCCGUCCGAGCCGGGCGGGCCCCGGGACCCUGGCUCCGGCGCCGCGGGCCGAGCCGUCGGAGCCCUUGGGCCAGCAGAGCAGAUCCACUCCGGCCGGCCAGACACAGGGGCCGGCGGCCCUCCCGCAGACUCCGGACGGGGCGGUCCGGAGCCUGAACUCCGUGGCCACCCCGCGGGAUCGAGGUGGAAGUACGGUCAAGGAGCCCGCCGGGGCCAAGGCGAUGCCCACACCGACCUCCCAGUUUAAGCUUCCCAGGUGUUGUGGAGGGGUCACGCCCAAAGUACCGCGCCUCAACAGGCCACAAUCCUGCAACUCACUGAGAAGAGUGGCGGCUCUCGGGACCCCCGCGAGGCACGCAUCUGCCGGCGCCCUGCCCGGGCCCAGCCCCCUGACCCCGGUCCACCCGAGGCUCGGGUCGGCCCUGCCUACGCCCACCAGGCGGCGGAUGUCCGGGUUCCCCUGUGUGACCCCGAAGACGGUACCGCGACGCCUCUCUUCGUCGCGGCUCUCCCUCUCCUGCGGUCCCGAUCGGAAGUCUGCCGAGAGGUCUGAACAGGUGAAGGAGACCAAAGUCCAGGGAGCAGCUCGCUUCUCUGGUUCCUCUUCGGAUGAGAGUCUCUCUCCUCCCACCGUGGCUCCUCUAGCACUUGACUUUUCUCCAGAUAAGACAGACCCUUCCGACGAGAUCCCCCCAGAAGUGAGCUCCAGGGGAACAGAGGAAGCUCUGGCUGAGAAGACAUCCCCUGAGGAGGAGGAGACAAAAGAGGAGGAGGCCUUGCUGGUCGAGAUUGAAGCGGUAAAGCCCACAGUCCUGGAAGAAUCGGAGAGGAGAACUCUCUUCGACUUUCCACUGAUCGACUUCUUAAACACGCCAGAGGCGAAUAAAAACGUCCCGGAGCCUGCGCUGGACGUAGAGGCGGAGAGCCGACCUCUGAUCGAUCUCUCGAAUACUCCAGAAGUGAAUCAAAACGGCCCCCUGAAACCCACUGUAUCGGGGCAGCUGAUAGACCUGAGUUCCCCCCUGAUCAGCCUGAGUCCCCUAGUCGACAAGGAGAACGUGGAUUCUCCUCUCCUGAAAUUCUAGGGUUGACGGAACCUGUCAGUUUUAAGGGCUGUGGGUACCACUGACCAACCCUCUUGGUGCCAGUUUACAAAAUGUCGGGCAGACCUCUCGACGACAGCGAAAGGCCGAUGCGCUGCAAAUGAAGAAUGUUGGAUUUUUAAUAUAAAUGGCAAAUUAUUUACAAGGCUUGAGAAAAUUUAAAUACUGUGGAUUAAGUUAAGUGUUAAAAUAAACUUGUAGUUGGAAUUGGA